UUCACCAAAACCCCGCUACCUCUCUCCUUCCUCCACCUCUCUCUUCUCGCCCUCUGCAACGCCUCGUUGCGGUAAUGGCGGCGUUGUGAACAAGAAGAAGAGGAGAAGGCGGGAAGUAAGGAGAAAUGGUCGGCUUCUCCACGUUCGUGACUCUCCUCCUCUUCUUACCCUCGCUGGCGGCGUCGCUGACCACCGACGGCCUCGCCCUCCUCGCCCUCAAGUCGGCCAUCUCCGUCGACCCGACCGGCGCACUCGACGCCUGGCUCGACUCUGAUCCUGACCCCUGCGGCUGGCUCGGCGUCACUUGCCGCGGCGGUCGGGUCACCGCCCUCGCCCUCUCUAACCGCUCCCUCGAAGGCUACCUCCCCUCCGAGCUCUCCCUCCUCUCCUCCCUCCAGACCCUCUCCCUCUCCCACAACCACCUCUCCGGCCCCAUCCCCACUACUAUCACCGCCCUCCGGAGUCUCGUCGUCCUCGAUCUCUCCAACAACAACCUCUCCGGCCCGAUUCCCGCCGAGAUCGGCGCCUUGGGCUCCCUCUCGCACCUUGACCUCUCCUCCAACCUCCUCAAUGGCUCCCUCCCUCCGGAGAUUGCCGCUUUGCUGCAGCUUUCCGGCGUGCUCAAUCUGUCCUGUAAUUCGUUCUCCGGCCAGAUACCGCCGGCUUUCGGCACCAUUCCGGUCGCCGUGAGCCUCGACCUCCGGCAGAACAACCUCUCGGGCGAGAUCCCCCAGGUCGGAUCGCUUGUAAACCAGGGCCCCACCGCAUUUGCUGGAAACCCCGGCCUCUGCGGGUUCCCGCUCAAGAAUCCGUGCUCUGACGGCGCCAACAAGCAAGAUCCGAACAUCCCUCUGCCAAACCCUAAUUUAAACCCGAGCUCCCCCACUUCCCGCCCGAUCGAGGCGGAGAAGCGGCUGCGACCGGCGAUGACGGUCACGAUCCUCGCCGGUGCCGUGCUGGCCGCCAUUUUCUCGAUCUUGGUGCUCCAGUGGCAGUUCCGCCGGAAGCGCGCCGCCGGGGAGCUCAAGGCGUCGACUAAGGUUAAGGGCGGCUCCACGGCGGUGACGGAGCACCGGCGGGAGGGGCAGAGCGAGGAGAUCUACGUCGCGGUGGACGGCAGAUUCGACCUCGAGCUGGAGGAGCUCCUCCGGGCCUCCGCCUACGUGGUUGGAAAGAGCCGCAGUGGGAUCGUGUACAAGGUGGUGGUGGGCCCGGGGUCUGCCUUGGCGGUGCGCCGCCUCAGCGAGGCGGCCGACGGCGAGGGCGACGGCGACGGCGACGAUUGGCGCCUGCGGAGGGCGUUCGAGUCGGAGGCGGCGGCCAUCGGUCGGGUGAGUCACCCCAACGUGGUAAGCCUCCGCGCCUACUACUAUGCCCCUGACGAGAAGCUCCUAAUCUACGAUUACGUCCCCAACGGCACCCUCCAGGCCGCCCUCCACGGUGGACAGCCGAAUCCAACGGUGCCGGCGCUGCCGUGGGCGGCGAGGCUGGCGAUAGUGCAGGGUGUGGCUCGGGGGUUAACUUACCUCCACGAAUGCGGUCCCCGGAAGUCUGUCCACGGGAACAUCAGGUCCUCCAAGAUCCUCCUCGACGAUGAGCUCCGGCCGUACAUCUCCGGCUUCGGCAUCGCCCGUCUCCUAUCGGGUACCCAGAAAUUCACCCACUCGGGGUCCAAGAAGCUCGUGGCCGCGCCCGGGCGAGGGCCCCACGCAGCAUAUCUUGCGCCCGAGGCACGGGCGCCGGGGGCGGCGGCGACCCAGAAGGGCGACGUGUAUGCAUUCGGGGUGGUGGUGAUGGAAGUGGUGACGGGGCGGCCGGCGGCGGGCUGCGGUGAUGGGGAGGGGGAGUUGGAAGGUUGGGUGAGGCGGGCGUUCGGUGAGGAGCGGCCGCUGUCGGAGGUGGUGGACCCGGCGCUGCUGCACGAGGUGCACGCCAAGAAGCAGGUGCUGGCGGUGUUCCACGUGGCGCUCGGGUGCACCGAGCCCGACCCGGAGAUGAGGCCCAGGAUGAGGGCCGUGGUCGAGAGCCUCGACCGAGUCGGCUCGGCGCGCUGAGUGGACGACGGUCCCGUUGGUAAUUGGAUUGGCCGGUUGGUCCGUCGGUGUUGAAGGUGGUGGUUUGGAUGGGGAUGGGUUUUGAUUGAUUUGGUACUGUAGAACUGUAGGACCUGUGUGUGUAAACUACUUGUAAGAUUUUCUUAGCUUCAGGGGUAGGGUAAUUAUUCUCCGGCCAGCCAUGAUUAAAGGGAGGGGCUGCUGGAGAGAGAGUAUAGCUGGUAAUGAUGCAUGCAUCUCUUAUUCUUCGCCUAGUGUAAUGGUGUUGUUGCUCUGAGAAAACCAUGUUCUCAAUCAUUACCAGUGCGGUUCCUUUAUUCCA